GCUGCCAUUAUCAGCUCCUAUUGACCCAUGUCAACACUCAGUAGGACAGGAGGAUGAGAGCAAAUAGCAAGAGUCACAACAAGAGAAAUACAGCUUAAGCCAGACAGAAAGGUAUCGGAGGGAGAGAUCAAACGACUAACGAGACAGGAAAAGAGAGAAAAUCAAACAGAGCGACCACUGCACAGGUGUCCUAAAAGUGAAGUUUGUUGAGACCCUGUCAACAGCUGCCACUAACUCUAAAGGAGGUGCGUCAUGUCUGUGUCCAGCAUGCUGCUGCUGGCUGGUCUGGUGCUGCUCCUGCUGCUGCUGGUCUGGAGGAGGAGGGGACCACAGGGGCUUCUACUGCCCCCAGGCCCCACUGGACUGCCCCUGCUGGGAAACCUGCCCCAAGUGAACAAGAGAGCGCCCUUUGAGACCUUCUUGAAGUGGAGCAAGCAGUAUGGGCCCGUCAUGACUGUGCGUCUCGGACCCCAGCGGAUGGUGGUCCUCAGUGGGUACAAGGCAGUGAGGGAGGCGCUAGUGGACCAGGCAGAUGACUUUGCAGGCAGGGCACAAGUCCCAUUCAUCGAUAAGCUUUUCAAGGGGCAUGGUCUGGCAAUCAGUAACGGUGAGCGCUGGCGCCAGCUGAGACGCUUCACACUGAGCACGCUCAGAGACUUUGGGAUGGGCCGCAAGAGGAUGGAGCAGUGGACUCAGGAGGAGAGCCGACACCUGCUGGAGAGCCUGAGAGAAACCAAGUCGACUCCGUUCGACCCAACAUUCUUCCUGAGCCGCGCCGUGUCCAACGUGAUCUGUGCUCUAGUGUUUGGACAGCGCUUCAGUUAUGAAGACGUCAACUUCCUGCGUCUUCUGCGCAUCAUUGGAGCUACAAUACGUUUUGCAAGCAGCCCCAUGGGACAGCUGUACAACCUCUUCCCCAAGCUGAUGGAUCACCUCCCUGGGCCCCAUCACAAUGUCUUCAGGCAGAUGGAGCAACUUAGGAUCUUUAUUAUAGAGAAGAUCCACCAGCAUAAAGAGACUCUGGACCCAGACAACCCUCGAGACUACAUCGACUGUUUUCUCAUCAGACUCAACCAGGAGAAGGACCUGCCUGAAUCUGAGUUCAUCUAUGAUAACAUGGUAGCUACCGCCCUGAAUCUCUUCAUGGCUGGUACCGAGUCCACCAGCAACACCAUCCGAUACGGCCUCAUGUUGCUUAUCAAGUACCCAGAUAUUCAAGAGCACAUGCAGAAGGAGAUUGACGGGUUGCUCGGCCAACAAGGCGUCCCACAAAUGGAAGAGAGGAAGUCCCUCCCCUUUACUGAUGCUGUCAUUCAUGAAGUUCAGCGCUGCAUGGACUUUGCACCCCUCAGUGUCCCCCACUAUGCCACCAAGACCAUCUCAUUCAGAGACUACAUCAUUCCUAAGGACACAGUAAUCAUUCCCAUGCUACACUCUGUGCUCCGGGACGAGGAUCAUUGGGAGGACGCCUGGGCCUUUAACCCAGAGCACUUCCUGGACCAAAAUGGCAACUUCAAGAAGAACCCAGCCUUCCUUCCCUUCUCUGCAGGUCGGCGGGCGUGUGUGGGAGAGUCACUAGCGCGGAUGGAGCUUCUGCUCUUCCUGGUGUCCAUAGUGCAGCAUUUCCACCUCAGCACCCCUGGAGGACCGUCCAGUCUGGACAUAAAGCCCGAAUUCAGCAGCUUUGUCAAAGUCCCUGCUCAGUAUCAGCUCGUUGUCACCCCCCACUGAUUGACAUUGGUACUGCAUGCCAGUACUUAAAGGUAAACUACGGUAUGCAGUAUUGGCAAUUUCCUUACUGUUUUCUUGGUUUUUGCUUUUUUUUGCUGGCUCUGUCAUGACAAAUGUCUGAGAAACUCCAUUGCUACCUUUUUCUAGCCGGUGCCUGGCGUGUAUGUCAUAUAACCAUUCCAAUGACUCUGAAGCUGUUAAAUGAAGGUAAAUUAAGCUAAAAAACUAGCAUAUUAAGCUAAAAAACCUGAAUAGUGUACCUUUAAAGUGCACACAUGCAGACGCCUUACAGUAAUAUUGAAAGGAAUAGUGGUAGUGUAGUGAGCUGGGAUAGCAUGCAGAAGCCUAAAAAGUCACUUUGGAUUAAAGUGUCUGCUUAAUCAAUAAAUGUAAAUUAAAGGAUUAACACCCAACUUUCUGGGAAAAUAGCUUAUUUGCCAUUUAAAUGAGAGGGUACAUAGUAUACCCUUUUCUUCUCUGUGCGUGCAAUACCCCAGUUUGAUACAGUUAACCCAGUAUAGUAUAAUUUAUUGGAAUUGGGUUAUUCUCGUUAGCCUAUAACUUCCUUUUAGCCAUGCUAUCUAUAGGCUAACUGGGAAUUAUGAUUUUCAUUUCUGUCCUCAAAAAACACUCACUGCACCUUUAUGGGUUACUUAGGUGGAGGUGUGACAUCUCAAGAUUAUGUAUAUUUGUUCACGAGAGUUUCCUUGACUACAGAAACAUUCCCUCUAUUGAUUGCUCAUACCUUAAGCAUAUCUAUUACCUUAACUUUGGUGUCUGUUUCCGAGAUCGCUGAAGGCAAUACCACAUGGCGCUGUGUGCCAAUGGAAUGAAAGGCCCAUUGUGUGCCUCCGCCGCUCAGUAAUAUAUGUGCAGGUCUCAGGUCUGCAACGUGAUAGUGGAGGGCAAGGAGCAGUCAUGUCAAGUGUCAGAAGGACCCUGCGGUAUCGCCAUACUUUCAAGAAGGUCUUUGAUCGUAACAUCAGUCACUCUAAUGCAGUCUACCGUCCCACCUGUGACAGCUGAAGUCAUUGUAACUUUAUGACUCUCCACUAAAGUGAUAGUAUGUUACAUGCAGGGAACAAAAUAAUGAGCUGUUAACCUGUAACAAAAAGACAAUCUUGCAUGAAGUCAGCUUUUAUUUUAUGAAUGUGAUGUGACUACAUUGUAAUCCUGGACCAAUCCAUUUUUUUACAAAAAAAAACAAACAUUUAUUUUCUUCAAAAAAAUAGUUGUCUUUUUGCUUUGUUCAGUGAAAGUGCAUUUUGCUUUUGUUAAUAAUAAAUGUCUGUCUCCUCAUACAUAUUAGAUGCCGGUGCCCACUGCCCACUAAUUUAUGCUUUGUGUCAUGCUACCCCCUUACAUUAGGCACAGAGCUUGGUGGACCACCUGCAAACGUACUGUAUAAUUUUACUCUGAUAAUGAGACCCACUGAAAAAUACAGCAGAAUUGAACUAGAACCAAACACACAAUUAGCCUGUCACAAGUGGUACAACAAUGCUCUGCACAGUUCAUCUAGUCAUGAAUAGAACCAAAAUGCUGUUCUAAGUCUUAAACUGCAACAUCAUACAAACACAUACACUAGUUGCAAAGGGUACCAAAACACAUCAAAUUCAGUCAGAAAAUCGAACCAAAGCACCCUGAACUACUUAUUCAGUAAUAACACAUAUCUAAUACACACAGACAAGAUGUGCCAUUUGUCUUUAGGACUGGCAUAGUUGUUGGCUGAUAAAAACCCUUCCA